CUAGAAGAUGAAACUAAGAUCUUUCUGAUUGCGACCUUUUUUUCAGGUUCAUCAUCUGAUCACAUCGUUUUCUUGAUAGAGGAGACCACACAAUAUUUUCUUCCGACCCGCCCCGCAACACUUACUUAUUUUGAUUCUCGUGUAGAAGUGCAACUGCCACUGCGCCCUCUGUGGGCCGUCUGGUUUUCAAGAAAUCCAAAAACAACCAAUGGUCGCGCCCCCGACGUUGCCCGCGGACGCGCGGCUGCGCGAGUACAUGACAUCGGCUCCCAUCUACAGCGGCGGCGGGGGGAGCACGAAUCUGGUGGCCGACAGCACGAUUGACGUGCCGGAGAACACCCAGAUCGUGGAUCUGGCCAUCGACUACUAUGGCAAACGGCUCGCGGUCUGCGGCGACCGGGUGAUUUUUGUCUACGAAAUCUCCACAGCGGGGGAGAAUAUUGUGUCAAAGUUGGCCACGGGCACAGAAGAAGCCAGACUGGUCGCCAGACUGGAGCACCCAGAUGUAUAUGUUUUUUCUUUCUACGUACCUACCAACAGUGAUUGUGAUGCCUGCUGUGGUUUUGGGUAUAGGUUUCAGUGGAAGAUUUGUUUGGUGUCUCGACACGGCUAAUUCUAGCAGAUUCUCGUAGAAGGUAAAUUGCACGAGUCUCCGUGUCCGUGGAAGUUCUCGAGAUAGUACAUAAACGAAACAUAACAAAAAACGACAGGUAGCCGGCCCGUUGCAGCAGAUCUGCUGGAGCGACCCGACACAAGGGACGAUGAUAGCAGCGUGCGGCGCGUGCGGCAGUGUGAUGCUUUGGCGAGAAGGGCGGCCCGGCGACUGGUCCCUGGUGUGGCGAGAAAGGCUGGACGGGGCUGCCACAACUGUGCAGAUAGGGCCGAAAGAGUAUUGUGUUGAUUGCGUGGAUUACGAUUAUUUCUCAAUGUUUAUCUAUCGAUCGGAUCUUAUUGCGCAUACUUAGAUGCUGCAUAGGACGGGAAGAAGAGGCUGAAAUGAGACUCCUGAUAAUUGGAGGUUUGUUUGUCUCGACAUCAUGCGCCGCAGCUGCACGUGGAAGAGAACCAACCCUGAAUCGAGGUAGACUUUUUGCAUCGGAUAAUUGAGAAGAUUUUUAUUUUCGCAGAUUCGGCUUGUUCAUUGCCGCGGGUUCCUCCAGUGGCCUCGUGACCAUUUUCGAGGCGCAAAACCAGACGGGCCCCCUAAUGAAGAUUGGCGUGCUGAAAGCCCAUCAAAACGGCGUUUCCAGCGUGAGCUGGGCGGUGCCCGUCAGCCCGGCGACCCUCGCCUCCGGCCCUGCGGUGCAGGGCGGGUACAUGAUGCCCGCGCUGCGGCCGCGGAGACUAGUGUCCGGCGGCUUCGACUCCAACGUGAAAAUAUGGCGCUGGAACGCCGACGACAAAAAGUGGGUGGAAGAGGGCACUCUGAGCAGUAGCGGCGAUUCACCUCCAGUGCCACCAAACCCCGAAGGAGACCAGCACCCGUCUGGAGGGGGCUCCACCGUCCCGCCCCCGACCUCUCAUGCAGGGCCCGUGCGAUCCGUCGCCUGGCGACCGAACAUCGGCAUCCCCUCGAAUUUUCUCGCCUCCGGUUCCGAGGUAUCAAAUGUAAAAAUGUCUGGGUCUGGAAACUUGUGAUGCUGGGUGGCGUCUCAUGAUGAGGCCACAAAUACUGGCUUAGCAUGACAAGUUUCUGAGCUUCUAGGUGUUGCCUAUUCUGCAUGACAAACUGCGUUGCUGCAUCACAGAAAAAUGGAGCUCUUGGGUAACGUGCAUGACAGAUUUAGAAGUUAUGCCAGACAAGCAUGACAAACAUGCAUUCUUCGAGACCCAGACAUUUUUACUUUUGAUACGAGGACGGAACGUGCAAAAUAUGGGUGCAGACCAUGGAGGGACUGAACUGGCAGAACAGCGCGACGAUACUAUGCAUUGCAAAUAUGUCUGGGUCUGGAAGAAUGCAAACUUGUGAUGCGCAUUUCACAGCACACAAAAAUCUCUCAUGCGUAGGCAGCAAAAGCUGCCCACUUUCUGUCACCAAAGUGGGGCAUUUGUCAUGCGGAUUUGGCAUUGCGGAAGCUUCUCGAAACCUGUGAUGCUAGAGCUUCCAUGACAGCCCUACUGUGUCAUGCAAAAGCAGCAUGACUCUUCCAGACCCAGACAUUUUUGCAUUUGAUAGAUACAUGUAGAGAACAACCUCCCGGUCAACCGUGUCACGUGGUCCGUGACGGGGUUGUGUGUCUGCCUCUCCUGCGGGGAGGAGGAAACCGUUCGCAUCUUCAAGGAGGACCUAGAUAACCAGUGGCGACGCGUGGAUCGCGCAGAAUGAAUGUCAUUAUCACAGGAGUUGUACCUACUUAAACUCAGCUUUGGUGCGGUGCUAGAAUGGAGAAGAUGCGCAUAAUCCUUCUCCAAGCUUCCGAGAGAAGUAGUUCUGACGUUCCCGUCGCUCAAAAAUCGUGCGCGCAAUAGAAAAAGAAAAACUGAGUAUAAUGAAUUGAUUCGCAUUCUCGACGACCGGAAAAAAGGCCUCCGACGUCUACGCCUGUUUUACUUCGCUAGGACAAUGAUCACCCUGUUAUAAUCGCGAGACAAGACUACAAAUGAUUCACAAGAG